ACUCCACAGAUUCUUCAAUUCCUGCUUGGAAGCUCGCCAACCAUUGCGCGUUAACCAAGGUUCAAACGCGGCACUGGAGGCCCUAACAAAGCCCUACCCGCCGCCGCGUCCUUUCUGUCUCCGCUUAAGCAGUCUGGCGGGCCACUCGCAAGGCCAAAGUGCAGCAUGCGGAAUCAAUACAACUCCCAGCGCCUCCGUUCGAGUGCCUGGUUGUCCUGUUGGACAGCCAGCCAGCGUGCUCUCGACCCCAUAAAACAUGUACAAGCGUCAGCCAAGUCGUCUUACGCGGGGAGGUUUGCCUGGUUGGGUGUAGGCGAUCGCCCCUCCCCCGAUCGCUGCGACUCAGACGGCGGCUGUUAUUCGUGGAAGCCAUAUACGUACCCUGGCGGUCGUGGCGGUCGAGACUCGCGUGUGGGGCGCGCGAAGAGAAACGCGCGGUUGCCCAAUCGAUCCUUCGUCCUGCAGGACCCCGAGACGAUCAGUCGAGUCGACGUCGCUUCCUGA